AUGUCAAGCAAUUACCAAACAGAAAUUGUUGAAAAGUGGAACCAAGCUUUGACUCUUGCUCAAUCCUACGAAAAUGCCCCAGAAAAGUUUACUUCACACAGCAAGGGAGAAGUGACCAUUACUGCAUGUCAACAUUCGGAUGGGACUGUCAUCAAGGGAGAGUGCAUUAUUUCUAAUUGUAAAGCUGCAGAAUUAGUUAAUAUUCUGGAAGUGACAGACGUCCAAACUAGACAAAAAUUCGAUAACAAGACCAAAACCCUUAAAGUUCUCGAAGAUUUCACUCAUCAAAAUGAAAAAUUCAGUGUCAGACAUUAUGUCACCUUGUCGCCAACUGUCAUUAUUUCAGAACGCGAUUUUCUCUAUGUAGAACAUUGCCAAGUUUCUGAAAAUUCCACAAUUUAUCUUACAACAUCUGUAGAUGGAAUCUUCCCUUCUGACAAAUGUAUAGCUGUCGGUGUCAGAGCAACGAACGUUUUUAAUUAUUUGAAAAUGAUUCAAGAAGGUGAUGAUUUGAGAGUUGUAUUCAUUGGACAAUAUUUACCAGGUGGAUGGAUUCCAACAGCAGUUGCUAAUCAGGCUGUGUACGAAAGACCUUUGGGUGUUGUCAAUGCUGCAAAAUGCAUUGGAAAAUCAACUAGAGGGGUUUAA